AUGGAAAUAAGAUUUCAAAAUGAACAAACAAUUGAUAAAGGUGUGCAGGAACAAAUCAAUAAAGAUAGAGAACAUUGGAAACAAGUAUUGUUAAAAAUAAUAUACGUGAUUAGAACUCUUGCAGAAAAUAAUUUGGCGUUUCGUGGAAAUAAUGAGAAGAUAUAUCAAAAAAAUAAUGGUAUCUUCUUAAGCUUAAGUCAAAUGAUUGUUAAGUUUGAUCCAGUAAUGCAAGAGCAUAUUCGUCGAAUUCAAAAUAAAGAAAUUCAUUAUCAUUAUCUUGGACACAAAAUUCACAAUAAGUUGAUACUUAUGCUAGCGAGUGAGAUCAAGAAAAUAAUCAUCGAGAAACUGAAAGAAUCCAAGUACUUUUCUAUGAUACUUGAUUGCACUCCAGAUCUGAGUCACAAAGAACAAAUGUCUAUAGUAUUGAGGUGUGUUGACAUUUCAGCAAGUCCAGUGAAGGUAGAAGAAUUCUUUUUAGGAUUUUUAUUGGUGAAUGAUAUAUCUGAAAAGGGACUUUCUGAUGAAUUAUUGAAUGCGUUGAAUAAUUUAGAGCUUGAUAUCGAUAAUAUGAGGGGUCAAGGAUAUGAUAAUGGUGCUAACAUGAGAGGAAAAUAUAAAGGGGUACAGAAUAGACUACUACAAGUAAAUCCUAGAGCAUUUUACACUCUUUGUGGGUGUCAUAGUUUCAAUCUUGCACUUUGUGAUAUAACUACUUGUUGUAUAAAAGCUAAAUCUUUCUUUGGAGUGUUGCAACAUAUCUACACUCUAUUUUCAUCAUCUACUAAAAGAUGGAAAAUUUUUAAAGAUAAUGUAAAUAGCCUUACUCUUAAGCAUUUGUCUCAAACACGUUGGAAAAGUCAUGUUGAAAGUAUUAGAGCAAUAAGAUUUCAAGCUCCACAAAUAAGAAAUGCUCUAUUUGAAUUGGCAAGAGUUGAUGAUCCUAAGACAAAAAGUGAGGUGGAGUGUUUGGCAACAUAUGAAAUAGAGAAUUUUGAAUUCUUACUUGGGAUGGUUAUUUGGUAUGAAGUAUUAAAUAAUGUUAAUAGAGUAAGCAAACAUUUGCAAACAGAGGACAUCCGUAUUGACGUUGCUAUAGGCCAUUUAAAAGGGCUCAUUUCAUUUCUCAAAAGCUAUAGAGAAACUGGGUUUGAGUCGACCUUGAUUAAUGCUAAAGAGAUUGCAAGUGAAUUAGACAUUGAACCGAUAUUUCGUGAAAAAAGAGUUAUACGUAGAAAGAAGCAGUUUGAUGAGAUUUCUUGUGAAGAGAUGACAGAAAGAGCUGAAGAAUCUUUCAGAGUCAAUUAUUUCUUAUAUCUUAAAUCUAUUGAUGAUGCUACAUUGAAGUGCCGUUGCAUUAAUCUUGAAAAUUAUUUGAAGCAUACCACAGUAUCUGAUAUCGAUGGAAUGAAAUUAUUUUUUGAGUUGAAAGUUUUAAGGGAAGCAAUGUCUACAUAA